CGGCUCUUGUUAGGGUUCGUGUUAGCAACGUCGUCAGGUUUGAGCCCCGCGAGCUCACCUACUAGUUAAGGUUACGCUGAUAUAGCCUCUCAAGGCUCUCAGCUUAGGUAGGAAAAAAAAAAGGCUUGGGAUUUUUUUUUUAAUCCCAUGGCACCCAGGGCACUUAUGAUUCGGUUUCGGAAUUUAUCUCGUUCGACAUCUGGCAAGACUAAUCAAAUUUCAACCAACAAAAAAAUUGCAUCCAAUUCAAUUGUUUUUGCUGCAGAUAUGUCGUUUAAUACAACACAACAAAGGAAAUUAUUAAAUAAAAACUGAUGCAUUAAAUGUAAACCCACCUAAAAUGCAUUGGGGUUGAGAGAACAAUGAACGAAGGCGCCGCGGAAUGCUCCGAAGCUCUGGACCCUCGUGUACAGAUUGAAUUAGAACGCCUAAACACUGCAACUGAUGAGAUAAACCGUUUAGAAGUUGAAUUGGACGAGGCUCGGCUCGCAUUCCGUAGGUUGCUGGCUGAAGGUCAUCUAAAGAUACAGCAACUCACAAAAAAACUAGGAACCAGUGUGCACAAAGCUAGGCCUUAUUAUGAAGCUAGAUUUAGAGCUAAUAUUACAUCCCAGGAGCUGCAAAGCGCUACACUUGCUUAUGAUAAAGCAAACAGUGCCCAUGCAGCUGCUAGGGAGAUGGUGUACCUUGCCGAGCAGGGACUCGCAAGACUGGCGGAAGGUUCUGAUGGGGGCCUUACUCUCGAUCCAGCAUGGCAGGAAAUGCUUAACCACGCCACUCAUCGAGUCAAUCAGGCGGAAGCAGACCGAGCUCACGCGACGGUGACGCAGCGAACCAAGGCCGCGUCACACCGGGCGGCUACAACACUCGUGCAACAAUUACAGAAAUCCCUCAAAAGGCACAUAGCCAAGUCCCGACCGUAUUUCGAGGAGAAAGCUCGCAUCAACACGGCUUUGGAAGCUCAGAAGGCGAAGAUACAAAUUCUGGAGGAGCAAGUGACGGAAGCAAAGCAGCAAUACUCAUCUGCACUGAGGAACUUGGAACGGAUAUCCGAUGAAAUACACAAACACCGGUCCAGAAGACAAUCUGCUAGAAACGACACCGACCGGUCCACGGCGACAGACACGGCCAGCGACAGCAACACCGCGGCCAGCGACAAGCUGGAGGAGCUGUGCGAGAGCAGCUCGGAGGCCAACGUACGCGAGUGGCUGCGGCGCGCGGCCGAGGCGCCCCCGCCCCCCGACACCUGGACAGAGAUAGAGCUCGACUGCUCCAGUCCCGAAGAGGUGGGCUUCGAGAAGUGCUCCCUGCGUCCCCGGUCGACUCCGGAGAAACUGUCGCCGCCCAGCCCCCAGGAGUCGAAGGUGUCCGCCUCCUCCCCGCGCCGCAUCAUCAGGUCGGACCGCGGCGCCUGCAUACGAGCUGAAUUGGAGAAGGGCCGGAGACAGAGCUUGGACGCCCUGCUGCAUGAUACGGGGGAGAAAGUCAAGGAGAUGUUCCAAGGACUGUCCCUGUUCGGCGAGCGACGCGGCUCGGGCUCCGGCCGCAGCACCCCGCGCCCCGCGCACCGCACCUGCUCCCCGCGGGGAUCCUCCUCCGCUUCAGACGACACCGACAGCCUCGCCAGCAUUGAGAUGUUAACCGAUGAUCAGAUAGCGUCUCUAAUGCUGGACGCGCAGCUCGAGGCGGUGUGCGAGCGCCUCGCCGGGGUCGGUCUGCCACCCAACCAGCGCUACUGAGCGCGCGACACCUUCCGACACGCCAAGCUCCAAGCCAAGCUUAUCCACGGCCAUGCAUUUACAGCAAAACUAGUAGGAGUAGUGAAAUGGUAACACUUGUACGCAUUACAUUGAAGCUUUGCAGUACAUUGCGGGUGCAGUAUGAACUAAGUUUAGCUAUUACAUUAAACAUUAUUGCCACAAAGCUAUACUAAAAAGCGAUUUCAGUCAAGAAAUUCGCCUAGUUGAAGGCUUGUUUUAGCGAAGAUCGUCUUCCGUGGAAACGCAACGUGGAGCCAGCCCGGAUACUUGUGAAACUCAUCCGAGUGAUGUCGGGUGAGGCACGGGACGGGUGUGGCCCACGGACAGAAGGGUUCUAUAUAAAAAUUGUAUUGUUUACCAUACAUUAUGUAAUUUCUCGACGUCCUCUGUGAUGUGAUGACGUGCGGUCGACACAGCUAUAUUAAUUUUAACCGCUCACAACAGACGCGCACCGGAUAAUAAAUUGUUAUUAUUAUCUCUUAGGUUUAUGGCGUUUCCUUUUAGAUUUCGCCAAUGUCAAGUGUAUUUAAUACUCUGCUUUCUAUAGCGGGCUUCGUGAACGAGCAAGGUCACAGAUUGUAACUAAUAAUAAAUUAUUACACUUGAAAACAUUUACACGUGAAAUAUUAAUAAAUCUAAAUGUGUCAGAUGUCAGAAUAGCUAUGUUUUUGAUAUUUGAGACUUUUACAAAUGAUCUCGACACUCAAUACAAUUCGUGGAUCGACUAAGUUCAACUCAACCCUACUCGUAACUUAUAUUUCAUUCUACCCUCACCUAGACUAUUUGUAUACAGAGCAUAUUAUCAAAGGUUUUUCUCAUUGGAUAAGUUCACUCAUGACCCAAAUGGGAUAUAUUUUCUUUGGUUAGAAAUGACUUUAGUGUAUAGUUGUCUACGGGCUCCAGUAACCACUUAACACCAGGUGAGCUGUGAGCUCGUCCACACGUCUAAGCAACAAAAAAAAAUCACUCACUAACUCACUCUCUCAAAAGCUAUAUUAAAUGUAAGUAAAAAUACUAUAGUACAAUGAGAAUAGUACAUAAAAUAUAUGUAAGUGUUUUUUGUUUAAUUUUGACUCAUGAAUUGAAAAUUAUAUCAAACCGAAGUUGAAACUCUACGAGACGAUCCAAAAAGAGACAGGCGUAUACAUGUAUAGAGUAUAACCUGUGCGGGAAAGAGACAGAAUGCUUCUGAAGUCACUUUAAGGGCACGAGUGCUUUUCGUAAAAAUAUAUUUGGCUUUGUUGGGCGGGGCACAGACCUCACUUUGCAGAUUUGAGGCAUGAGGUCAAUGCAACUUCACAGUAGAAACGGGCAGGACAUCAGUACCUACAAGCCUCAAAUUGUAUUCAAACUAAUAAAACUUAUUCGCUGAGAACUAAUUGUAGAUUGUUAUAUGCGAUGAUAGCCUUCAUGAAGAAACAUAAUAAUAUAGUAUCGCAGUCGUAAUGGAGUCGACAGGCAGGUUUUGUAUUAUAUAUUAUUGACUAGCAUAGCUAUUGACAUUAUAUACUAGCUGUACCCGUCCGCUUCGCUGGGCCUUUAAAAUUAACAUUAUUAUUUCUCACCCCCCACAAAGAUUCUCAUCAUUAACGUCCCCGCAACUGGUGUAGGGAGUCCAACACUCAUAUAAAUAUUAGCCUAUCCAUUAGGUACAUGUAUUUUCUACAUGGAUACCAAGUUUCAAGUCAAUCGGAUGCACGGUUCAGUAGUUAUAACGGAACAUCCGUAAAAACCAUUGUAGAUUUAUAUAUUAGUAUAGAUUAUGUUUUAUUAUAAUCUCAGUAUUAUUAAAAAGUUUUGUUCGGUUUUGUAUCAGCAAAAUUUGCCAUUGGUCGUGAUUACAAUUUUUAUAAUUGUGUUAUUUACAAUAAAUAUGUGAUAAGUAGAUAAAGAUAUUUAAUGUCUCAAUUAAUUUGAUAUUAGAGACAUAUCUGUCGCCAUUAAUUGAGCCUUGAGAAAGUAUAUUAAAUUUAAUUAACUAAAUAUUAAUUAUUUAUUUAAACUCUGAAUUAUAUUUUAAGUUUUUGUAAUUUAUUGGAUUUCUCUAUAUAUGUGAAUUGUUUUUUAUUAAAUCCAAUUUUUUUGUCUCAGAUAAUUUCGUAGUAGAGACAAUUUUGUCACUAUUUGAGUAUAGAAAAUGUCUUAAAAAAUUUACAUUAAUUAUUUAUUUAAUGAAUGAUAUUUUAAGUUUUUUAAUUAAUUCCUCUAAAUACAUGACUUUUUUUUUAAAAUGUAAAAUCAUUUUUUAAAUUGUACUCUAUUAUUUUGUCUUCCAGUGUAGUACAAUUAAAUGAAAGUAAAUAAUUUUUUUUAGAUAUUAUUGUUAGUGAUUAGUUUGUUAGCUCAAUAGUGAAAUAGAAAUAGUGUGGUCACAGCUCACGGUCGCGGUAACCACAAUACGCUAUCACUGUUUGUUUGCCAUUAGGGUGACCACGCUUAUACACGACGCAUGGAAAAUAAUUUUAAUGUAAUCUAAUUUGAUUUCAUAUGUUUUAAAAGUUUAUGAUUUAUUGAUUUAAAACGAAAAUAAAAAUAUUUUCUGUAUAGCACAUACUCAAUAUCCAAUGCUAUACAAUUUUCUUGGUCAGUUGUUGGAAACGACGCGAAUAAUAUAAUGGUAAUAAGAAAUGCGAGCUAAAACUGUAAUGUUUAAGAAAUCUUUGUCUCACAAACAAGAAUACGCCUUAAUGCCAUUCACCGAAUGCUUACAUUUCAAUGGCGUCACUAACUAUCUUGCGUCUUGAAUAUCGUGGCUCACACUACUGUGUGCUUAUUGCGAGUUCUUUAACGUUGUCGAUAGCGUAAAAGUUCACAUUUGUUUGCAAUUGGAACAGCGCCCCUAGCGGCAAACGUAGGCAAACGUUCCAACUCCAUACAAAGUAAAGUUAACUUUUACGUUAUCGAGAACGUUAAAAAACUCGCACUAAGCGCUCAGGAGUAGCUUUGUCUUACAUGAUUGUUAAUGUUCGCCAUAAUAUAAAGCUUAGUACACAUUUGUUCGUGCUAAUAUAGUUAAAACUUUAUAGCUGUAUAUAAAGGGUGUGUUUUUUUUUUUGCUUUUUUUUUAUCACUGAUUUUACGUGACUCGGUGAUGCAGUAGAUAGCGCCCUUGACUGUUGCGCCUAGGGUCGUGGGUUCGAUUCCCGUAUCGGGCAAACAUUCGUGUGAUGAACAAAUUUGUUUGCUCUUCGUCUGGGUUUUUAUUAUUUAUAUAUAUGUAUAUAUUUAAACGUAUAUGUGUGUCAGUCUUUGGUACCUUUUGGGUCACUUCUGUAGAUGUUGUUACCGAUUGUGACGUCAAUAUAAUAAAGAACUAAUACACAGUAAUGAAAGACACCGUUUAUUCCGUAUGAUGGUACAUGUGUUUACAUAAAGACCGGCGCCGGGCAACUGGUGCAGCGUAAUGCAAUAAUUGCAUGCACAAGCGCUAAGGUGUCCCUACAAUAUUCGUCCCCUUAAAAAAAAGAGAUUGUUACAAUUAUUUUUUGUUUUGUAAAAAUAUAUCAACGGCAGCAUAUUUCGUUUGAAGAAAUUUUAUGGCAUAAAAUAAUUUAAGCAACAACAAAUCCAACAAAGAAUAAAAUGUAUUCUGUAAGAAAUUCACUCACAUACAGUGUUGACUAUUUACUUCGUAACAAUUUUUUUCACGGUACCAUCAAGGACUUGUCAUUUCAUUUGACUUGAAAAGUCCUUGAUGGAUCCAACAUUGGUAUUUAGAAAUUCUACAACACUCAACGCAGUACAGUCCCUACGGUACCUGUAGCACAGGGAAUCCUAAUUUGGGCCCGGAUGACCGCGCGUGAUUUGUACCCAGUUUAUUUAUUUAUACUAUUAAAAUGUCCGUUUUUUUAUUUGUAAUGUCAAAAUUACGGUAACUCACGCCUUCACAGGCCGAGAACUGUCGAUUCGAUCAUAACUUUACCCUCUGCGCUCUGUACGUCAUUAUAAGUACUAAAAUGACUUUAAUAAUGACUAAUAAUUAAUUUUGAAUGGCGCUAAUUUUAAUUGUGUUUGUAAAUUAUUUUUUUAUCGAAAGAAAGUACAAUCAGUCACAGCUGUGACGUUACGUUAUUAGUAGUAGUAGUAAUGAUAGAUCAGGAUAAAAUAUGACGCUUAAAUAGAAAUAGAAAAAAAAUUAGAACGCCUGUAGAAUAGAUUAAUAGACAGAGAGAUUAUUUUUUCUAUUGUCUGUUCCAAAUAGUGUUCCUUUUAUUUAAUUCACUAAUAGCAAACUCAAUUCGAAGAAUAUCUUUUUUUUAAUGUGAAACAUCUAUAGCCGCACGUAAAACCGAUUUCUGGCGUGGCGACGCAGGCCGUGACGACGCGUCGCCACGCUAUAUGAUGGUAUAUCUAUACAGUCAAUAUGCAGUAGUGUGUACGGUGUGGCGACGCGUCGCCAUGCGCAAUAGACUGUGCGAUUCUCUCCCACUCGAUUCGGCGUUAAGCCAUCUCUCGCUACACUGAGCUCGGAUACCUAUAGUGUAUACAGUGUUGUUUACUACAGUACACAUAACCUGUGUUUUACUUGAAAACAAAUUAUUUUUUCGUAAUAUUUUAUUUUAUCAUUAUGACAUAUUUAGUUCCUAUCACAAUCUGUUCUUUUCUGCAUAUUCCUUUUACAAAAUAAUGUCGAUGUUUCACAUCUGCCAGGCGUCCCGUGACGGCUCACAUUUCUUUUUUAAUUAUACAAUAGUAAUUGAAGACUUAAUUCCUCAAUUAAAAUUGAUUAGAAGGUACAUGCUUUUAUAUAAUAAAAUUUUAAUAGAAAUUACAUAUUUAUUCGUCAACUUUAUGUAUUACACAUAUUGAGGGGUGAAAGGUAUGAGCGACUUAAGCGAAAUUUCGCUUAAUACGCUUCAUUUAUCUUUGUAAUUAAAGAUCCGUUUUAUUUGGUAUCAGCAUCAACAGUUCGAUGUUUUUAAUGGAACUUCAAAUUGAGGUCAGAUAGCUGAUGAAGUUUUUUUAAUAUAAUAUUUUUCCUAAAUUUUAUAUAAAAUUUCCCUGUAAAGUUGCACAAAAUGUCGCUUUAACCAAAUAGAGCUUUUCGCCUCUCAACAUGAUAAUCCGAAGAGCGCUGUAGAUGAUAAGCCUUCAAUAAUCUUAGUUUAGUACCACUAUAGCAAUAAUAAUGAAUAAAUAGUGUAUAGUGAAGUAAUAAUUGUGAUUCAUAAUAGUAUGUAAGUAUGAACUGGGUGCCGCAAAAUAUUAAAUAAUAUUAUUUUAUUUACAUAGUUAUUUUUACGAAUACAUAAUUAUGUUAUUUAUUUAAAAAUAUCUGUAUUGACUCAUUUAUUUUUCUUGCCAUUUGCGUGAUAUUAAAUAUGUAUAUAAAUUUAAAGAAAAUACUUUUAUCAUUUAAACCAGCGGUCGGGGAACGGGGAUAAAUUGCCCUAAAUGCGGUAAAAUGAAAUUUUGGGGGGUAAAAGUGUAACUUUUGUGAGUAAAAAGUAUAUAUUAAAGUGAAAGUUCUUUAGAAUCGUUGCGAUUUCAAACUCGAUGAAACGAAAUGAAACGAAACGAAAAAAUAAGUCCAUAGAGACACAAACAAAUAUAUGUAUAGGAUUCAGCCGGCGAGAGAAUGAGAUAGAACACAUUAUUUGGAAACACAAAGUUCACGUGAUUGACCCGGGUAUUUUAUUGUAGGCAUCGUGUGUAUUGCAUUGAUAAAUUGAAUAAAUGAUGCUUAAAUUAAAAUUUUAGUUUUAGUUUGCUUUUCAAAAUUAUCAUCGUAUAUGAAAGAUGCUGAAAAGAAGCGAUUUCGUUUUUUUUUUGUUCUUCGCCAUGGGGUUAUAUCAACUUACACAAAAAUAGUUUGGGGUAAUAAUUAAAAAAGUUCCCCGACCGCUGAUUUAAAACUGUUUAGUUUUAAAAAAAGAUUUUUUCUUAGAUGGAAUCAACUUAACUGUCUAUCGUUCAUUGAAAAGAGAGUUUAGUUUUGGAUUGUAUAAUAUUAAUUUAAAAUCGAGGGCUUUAAUUUUUUUUUUCUUAUUAUAUAACAGAAAACGCAAUUGACUCUUUUAUUGUUUAUUUAUUCUGAAGUAUUCCAUAUCACUAUAUAAAUACAAUCACCAAACUUUAUGAAUUAAAUUAUAAUUAUGUAACUAUACUUGAGACCUUAGAACUUGUAUCUCAAGGUGGGUGGCGCAUUUACGUUGUGGAUGUCUAUGGGCUCCAGUAACCACUUAACACCAGGUGGGCUGUGAGCUCGUCCACCCAUCUAAGCAAUAAAAAAAAAACUUAUAUUGUAAUUAAAUAUGAAACCAGCCUAAUAUUUUGUCACACUCUGUUUCCUCUGAGUGAUUAAGAUAUAUUAUGAGUAGAUAUCUAACUUAAGGAUUUAAGAAAUUGUUCAAUAGUUUGUUAAUACGCUUAAAGAUUCACGCACACGUUUAUCGUGGUAAUUUUUAGUUGAAUUUAAAAAUAUAUGUGGGAUUUAUGAAUGGUAGGGUGCAGAUUACCGCAGAAAUUCACACAAAAUAAUUAAAACAAUCUUAACGUCGUACGAUCCUUUACUUCUUCUUUUGACAACCCUUUUUCUCAUCUAAUUUUACUUGACAGUGACAUCUAUCAAUAUUAUAAAAGUGACAUAAAAAGAAAAUAAGAACAAUCAGAAUCCCACAUAUAUUCAACGCAAUUAAAUUAUAAUAACAUUCAUAAGUUGUUGUAGCUAAUUGUUAUGUGGGUCACUCACUGUUCUAAUAAGUCUAAUAAAGUUUGCCAUAAAACACGAAAAUACGAAUGCUUAACACUAAACAUACCAUAAUUAUUAUUAUUUUUAUUGCCCUUGUAGUCGGACGAGCAUACGGCCCACCCGAUGGUGAGUGGUUACCGUCGCCCAUGGACUUCAGCAAUGCCAGGGGCAGAGCCAAGCCGCUGCCAACCGCUUAGUACUCUCCACAAGCCUCGUUUGAAGAAGGACAUGUCAUAGCGCUCGGGAAACACCGGGUCAAAUGACCCAUUUGGAACUUUUGCAUUGAAAAUGCAUGUGUCAUAUUAUUGCUUUUUCACAUUUGACUUUUUCUUACCAAUUAAUCUACAGUUAUUAUACUAUUUUUCUGUUUUAUUUAUUUACUACAAGGAGAACCAACAGCCAACUAACAUAAUAUAAUAAUAUAAGAAAUAAUAGAAACAAAAAGCCAAUUAAAGUUUCCCACCAAUAUAAACAAAUUAACACUUAGAGAACUAAAUUAAAUUCUUUUGUUUAUUUUGAGUAAUGCUUGUCGUAUACCAUUAUCUACCCGCUAUGGUAGAAAUAGGUGGUGGGACCUCUUGUGAGUCCGCACGGGUAGGUACUACCGCCCUGCCUAUUUCUGCCGUGAAGCAGUAAUGCGUUUCGGUUCGAAGGGUGGGGCAGCCGUUGUAACUAUAGUUUAGACCUUACAACUUAUAUCUGAAGGUGGGUGGUGCGUUUACGUUGUAGUGUUGUCUAUGGGCUCCAGUAACCACUUAAUACCAGGUAGGCUGUGAGCUCGUCCACCCAUCUAUGCAAUAAAAAAACAUGGUAGAAAUAGGUACCAGUAAGCGUUGGUAUGAUUAGUGUUAAUUAAUAUUGUUGAGUCGCACCGCGUGGCUGGCAUCCGGGAUUGCUUUAAGUACGAUAAUAUUAUUUCGCUGUUUUGUGAUAUUAAAUCUGUACAUAUAUUAGCCAAAUACAUUGUCGUUUUGGGAUGUGUGAUGAUCGCUGGGAAUGUGAUGGCCUAAAGGGAAAAUUUAAAUUAUUAUUAAUGAUCACAUCUUACUUGUGCUUCUGUAGCGUUAUAAUAUGAAAAUCGAAUUACGUUACAAAAAUUGUUUAGACACACGGGUUUAAUAUACGCGAUUUUUUCAAAAAAAUUGUCGUAAGCCGCGCUGAUAAAAGCGUUUGGCUCGCAUUUGUCAAUCUUUCGUUUCGUAUUUACUUAUUCGGCAAUGAAAAAAAUAAUAUUAUUAUAGUAAAAUCUGAUGUUUCAAUGUUGCAACUUACCGCGCUGUACUACCUCGGUUAUACCAGAAAAGUUGUCACAUUCCCAAGGGAGUUCCUAGUUGUAAGAUUUACCUGUUGAGAAACUCGCCUUCAAAUGAAUUAAAUGAAUGAAUUAA